AGACAUAUUCUAAUUAUAUCUCGACAUUACCUUAGCAAAAUUAAUAAAUCCACAAUUUCCCCCCCAAAUAAAUGUCUUCCAAAUUCGAUCCAAUUCUUCCUCUCAAUCUCAUCCUUCCCCACCCAAAUCCAAACCCCAACUCCCUUCACCUCCCCGCCGGCCCUCCCGCCGCCGCCAAACUCGUAAUCACCGGCGGCAACAGCCUCUCCGGCCACGUGCCCAUCAGCGGCUCCAAGAACUCAGCUCUGGCUAUUCUUGCGGCGACACUCUGCUGCCGCGGCGAUUCGAAGCUGAGCAAUGUGCCCCAAUUGAUCGAUACGACGACAAUGGCGGCCGUUUUGAGCUCUCUGGGAGCUGAAAUUGAAUUCUCCGGUAACGAGGUGGUGGUGAGGACGGACCGGGUCGGGUCGGUGGAGCCCGACGCGGGUCUGGUUGGAAGGAUCCGAGGCGGGUUCUUUGUAGUCGGGCCGCUGCUGGCCCGCUUCGGCGAGGCGGCUGUUGGGCUCCCCGGCGGGUGUGAUAUUGGGGCCCGGCCCGUUGAUAUUUAUGUUCGUGGGCUUAGGGAGCUUGGCGCCGUUGUGGAAUUGAGGGACAACAAGCUCGUAGCACGUGCAGCAAACGGACGAGGUCUUGUUGGCGGGAGGUUCCGCCUUGAUUACCCCAGCGUCGGAGCAACUCAAACUCUGAUGAUGGCAGCAUGCUUGGCCGAAGGCACGACGCUCCUCUCCAACGUUGCCGGAGAGCCAGAGAUAGCCGAUCUUGCUUCCUUCCUCACAAGCGCAGGGGCUCGUGUGGGAGGCGUGGGGACGGACAAGAUAUGCAUUCACGGGACGAGGCAGCUCUAUGGCACUGAACACACGAUCAUGCCUGAUCGGAUUGAGGCAGGCACGUUCAUGCUCGCUGCUGCCAUCACUCGUUCGCGCAUUUCCCUCUCCCCUGUCUGCCCCGAGCUCUUGUCCGUCUUGAUUGACAAGCUCUCGGGCGCUGGUUGCACGAUCUCACACGUGCGUGAUGAACUGGAGCUUUCCGCCAUUCCUCGAAGAAGUGGAGAGGGCUUACGCGGUUUUGAUGUUAGAACGCUCCCAUAUCCCGGAUUCCCGACAGAUCUCCAGCCUCAGACAAUGGCAUUGCUGUCAACCUGUGAUGGUUUGAGCAUUGUAGAGGAAUCCGUGUUUGAGAACCGCUUGACUCAUGUAAAAGAACUGCAAAAGUUCGGAGCUAAGAUUUACACCGAGGGAAGUACUGCGUUCGUACACAGGAAAGGGAGAGGAGAGAAACUACGUGGUGCACGAGUCGAUGCAGCUGACCUAAGAGGCGGGAUGUCGUUAGUAUUAGCCGGCUUAGCUGCAGAAGGAGUGACUCAGGUUAGCAGAAUGUGUAACAUAGACCGGGGUUACGAGAGUUUGGAGACGAAGCUUCGUUCAUUGGGAGCCGAUGUGAAGAGGCUAGAGAAGUCCCAGUCCAUCUUGAGAUCAUGAAGUACUUCUUCAGUCCCAUUCAAAAGCAAAUCAUUUCGUUUUAUGCACUAGAUUUCAUGCAGUGUUGUUUAGUGCGUCGAGUAAAGUACAGAAAGUAAAUGUUUUCAUUUUAAAAAAUAUAUAGAAAUAUACUGCAAAGAAUUGUCAAGAAGAAGAGAGCAGAGUGAACUAUAUAAUGCAGUUGCAGGGGAACUGCAGGGGAAUAAAAAUAAUCUUAGCAACUGUUUGGAAAUACUAUAUAAUGCAGUUGCAGGGGAACUGCAGGGGAAUAAAAAUAAUCUUAGCAACUGUUUGAAUUUCCAAUAUUUUUUCUACAUAGUUAUAUGUUAAUUUUUA